AUUGUCGUCGCGUCGACUUAAAGAGUCAUUUCCCACAAAAGGGAAUCUAACUAUUUUCUUUUCUCCUUCUCAUUAUCCGCCAGCAACGCGUUAUUCGCACGUGGGUGGCAAGCGCGCGGCCGCCUCUUUGAACUCCGCGCUCGUGAAGUCGCUAUAAAAGCGGCGAAGUUCGGCUUUUGCGCAUCUUCUCGCGGAUAUGGCGCAGAUCGACGUCGACGCGUUCACUGCCCAGGUUCUGUCCCACUGGGACUGGAGCGGAGAGGACAGGGCGUUCGGAGACGCGUCCUCGCCGGAGUCCGGACACAAGGACGAGCAGCACAAGCCCAAAGUGAAGAUGAGCGUGAAGAGGAGGAUGAAGGCCAGCGAGCGCGAGAAGCUGCGCAUGCGCAGUCUGGCGGAGGCGCUGCAUCAGCUCCGCGAGUAUCUUCCUCCGGACUACAGCCGCGGAGCGCAGCCGCUCACGAAGAUCCAGACGCUCAAAUACACCAUCCGGUACAUCAAAGAGCUCUCCAGCAUCCUCGAGCAGCAGAUCUGACCGCGCCGUUGCUAUGGGAACGUUCCGAACGCGUGUUGGCCGGCGGUGGAAACAUUGUAUCAUUUUGUAACAUCAUUGUGGGAAUGUUACUUCCGGAUGAUCGGAAACGUUUGAUGAGCGUCCCGCGUCGCCAAGCAGUGCUCCGCGUCUCUGAGAACAGUGAACGAGUGUUCUGUCAACGUUACUGGAAUGUGAACGUUCUGAGAACAGUGAACGUAUUGAGAACAGCUGCUGUUGUACAGAUGAAUGUUUUCUGUGUUUGUGUGUUUGUUCAUCCACUCUUAUGAUUCUACUCGGAUGUAAAUAUUUCUUGCUGAUGCUUGAGUGGAGCGUCGGUGUCUAAUAUUAAGAGCGUCUUCUAAACUGGAAUAGCAGAAUAAACGUUUUGUUCGUGUUGA